AUGAGCCUCAAUUGUUAAAGGAUUUUUUAAAAAGACAAUCCACCAUGUUUAAGCGGUGGCUUUUGGCCCUGGUGGCCCGUGUCGGCCUCAUUGUGCUGGGCCUCUGCUGCUGUCUGUCCCUGUUCUACCUCCUGGCCUGUAAGCCGACUUCUCACAGCAGCCAGCAGUCUCUGCUGUGGUCUGGAGGGGCCACCAGCAAGGAGGGAUACAUGGCUUUGUUGCAGGAGAGGGAGGACUCUCACAGGCACUACAUCAACAGCCUGACAAAGCAGAUAGCCCAGCUAAAAGAGGCUCUACAGGAGAGGACGCAGCAGCUUCAGGAGUCCCUGGAUAAAGCUAAAACAAAAGGGAUUCUGCCUCAGGGUCUGGAGAGUCUGCACAAAACCCCGACACAGUCUGACCUGAAGGAGUUUUUCCGCUCCCAGCUGAACCAGGCGGAGGUGAACUCAGGUGUAAAGCUGCCCAGUGAAUAUGCAGUGAUUCCUUUUGACACCUUCACCCUGCGGAGGGUGUACCAGCUUGAGACGGGGCUGACCAGGCACCCGGAAGAGAGGCCUGUGAGGAGAGACCGCAGAGACGAGCUGGUGAGCACAGUGGAAACAGCUCUGCACGUCCUGAACGGACCUCAGCAACACACGGACGACACCAGGGGGAAGCGCACGUACUCCCCUUCAGACUUCAUAGAAGGGUUGACUCGUACAGAGCGGGACAGAGGAACUGUUUAUGAGCUGAUGUUUAAAGGCGAAGGCCUGCGCGACUUCACUCAGCUGGUGCUCUUCAGGCCGUUCGGCCCCUUGGUGAAGGUGAAGAGCGAGAGCGUGGACACGCGCAGCAUCCUCAUCAACAUCAUCGUGCCUCUUUCCAAGAGGGCAGACGCAUUCAGGCAGUUCAUCGGCAACUUCAGAGAAGUGUGCAUCCAGCAGGACGGCAAGGUUCAUCUCACUGUGGUCUACUUUGGUCGAGAUCAGAUAGACCAGGUGAAAGCCAUGCUGGACCAAACCACCAGAGAGACUCGGUUCAGGAGCUUCACUUUGAUCCAGCUGAAUGAGGAGUUUUCUCGCGGCCGCGGCUUGGAGGUGGGGGCCAGGGCGUGGAGGCGGAGCCAGAACGUCCUGCUCUUCUUCUGUGAUGUUGACAUCCACUUCACCGCCGACUUCUUAACUUCCUGUCGCCUCAACGCAGAGCCCGGUAAGAAAGUGUUCUAUCCAGUGCUCUUCAGCCAGUACAACCCAUCUAUUAUCUACCGUAAUCACACACUCCUACCUUCUAUUCAGCAACAACUGGAGAUGAGGAAGGAAACUGGUUUCUGGAGAGACUUUGGGUUUGGCAUGACGUGCCAGUACAGGUCUGAUUUCAUCAACAUAGGUGGUUUUGACCGCAACAUCAAAGGUUGGGGAUUGGAGGACGUGCACCUGUACAGGAAGUACCUUCACAGUAAACUGAUGGUGAUUCGCUCUCCGUCUCGUGGCCUUUUCCACUUGUGGCACGAGAAGAGCUGUGCAGACGAGCUCCCUCCAGAGAAGUACAAGAUGUGCAUGCAGACCAAGGCCAUGAGCGAAGCCUCGCACGGGCAGCUGGGGGAGCUGUUCUUCAAACGAGAGAUCGAGCUUCACUUGAACUCCCAGAAGCUGAGGAACAGAGGAGCAUAA